GUGACACCGUUUGCCCGCCAUUUUGUGUCCGCCAUUUUGUCCAGCGGCAGGAAGAUCGUUUCGAACGUUUCUCUGAAAACUAAACCGGUUUUAAAAGCCGAUUCUGCGUUUUGUCGACCCUGCAACAACCCAACACACAGAAAUGGCUCAGAGCAGCUCUCAGCAGAUGCCUAUGGUCGUAGUCAUAAUGCCAGGGGGCCAGCCAUCAAACAACACAAAUGGCGGACAGCUACCGGCCUCUACACAGGAAAUAGCUAGGGCUGUACAGGCAGCUAUACAGCAGGCAACUGGGGUUGUACAGGCUCCUGUACAACAGACGACUGGGGUUGUACAGCAGACAACUAGGGUUGUACAGCAGACAACUAGGGUUGUACAGCAGACAGGUGGGGUUGUACAGCUCCCUACACAGCAGACAGCUGGGGUUGCACAGCUCCCUACACAGCAGACAGCUGGGGUUGUACAGGCUUCUGUACAGCAGACAGCUGGGGUUGCACAGCAGGUGGUGGUUGUACAGGCACCUACACAGCAGACAGCUGGGGUUGUACAGCUCCCUACACAGCAGACAGCUGGGGUUGUACAGGCUACACAGCGGACAUCUGGGGUUGUACAGGCACAUACACAGCAGACAGCUGGGGUUGUACAGCGCCCUACACAGCAGACAGCUGGGGUUGCACAGCAGUCAGCUGGGGUUGUACAGCUCCCCACACAGCAGACAGCUGGGGUCGUACAGGCACCUACACAGCAGACAGCUGGGGUUGCACAGCAGAAUGCUAGGGUUGUACAGCUUCCUACACAGCAGACAGCUGGGAUUGUAGCGGCCCCUACACAGCAGACAGCUGGGGUUGUACAGGCACCUACACAGCAGACAGCUAGGGUUGUAGCGGCCCCUACACAGCAGACAGCUGGGGUUGUACAGCAGAAUGCUAGAGUUGUACAGCAGACAACUGGGGUUGUACAGCUUCCUACACAGCAAGCAGCUAGGGUUUUACAGCUCCCUAUACAGCAAAUGGCUCAGUUUGUACCCAUUGCACCUAAAGGGGGUUUACCACAACUCCCUAUACCGCAGACGCCUGAGGUUGCACAGGCCCCUACACCGCAGUCAGAUAAACAGGGUAAUACGGUGCAGAAAGACCGGGAAACACAGGGCAAUACGGAGCCAACAGUUGUUGUGGAGAGACCCUACGCGUGUACGGAAUGCAGCUACCGGGCGAAAAGAAAAUCAAACCUGGUAAGACACAUGAAACGAGGGAACUGCCACCUGGACGAGCUCAAAGCAGCAGAGAAGUUGUUCGUGUGUGGCGACUGUGGAGAUUUCCAGACCCCCCACCAGUCUCUCAUGACCAAACACAUGAGGAAACACACGGGGGAGAAGCCAUUCAAGUGUGACCACUGUGACUAUGCAGCCGCAGAGAAGUCAACGUUAAAGCACCACAUGUCUCAUCAUACCGGGGACAAACCAUUCGCGUGUGGGGAGUGUGGGUUCAGAACUGCGAAACACAAUGUCCUGAUGCGGCACAUGAAAACGCACUCCGGUAUAAAACCCUACAAGUGUGACCAGUGCGACUUUUCCACCGCACACAAGCGGUACUUAGCCCAGCACAAGACGACGCACACCGGGGAAAAACCCUACAAAUGUGACCACUGCGAGUAUUCUACCGCGCAUCGAGCCUUCUUACGCCAACACAUGGCUAAACACACCGGAGACAAGCCCUUUGCGUGUGAAGCGUGUGAUUUCAAGACGGCGUACUAUUCCGCCCUAUCGCGACAUAGGAGAACCCAUACAGGAGCGAGGCCCUACCGCUGUGACUAUUGCGACUAUUCUUCGGCGUCAAAAAGCAACGUGUACCGCCACAUGGCCAAGCACGGGGUCACACCGGAUUUCGGAUGCACGGUAGCAUCGGCACCCCAUGUCAGGCGCCCUAAACACACCGUAGCAAAACCCCGUACCAGAGGUUCGGAUAUAGGACACCUUAAUGGCAUCAACAUUUGAGAACCCAUAGAGAUGUGAAAAGAAACUAUCUAGUCCAACACCCAGUUUUGGACACACUGUAGCGCGACACCCCGUGUCAUGAGAAUUAAACACACCGUAGCAAAACCCCGUACCAGAGGUUCAGAUAUAGGGCGGCUUACCGGCAUCAACAUAUGAGAACCGACCCGUAGAGAUAUAAAAGAACUUUAGAACUUUAUUUACUAAAAACAGCAUUGCAGGAGUGCAUCCUGAAUUGUGUUGUAGUGAACAAUAUGUACAGCUGUUGAAAAACAUUUGGAAUUUGGUGUUCAGGCUAGGGCUGCGUACUGGUUCUGUGUACCGGUACAAAAUUGAUUUAGGUACAUAGUUUUGUUUUGUUUAGUUUUGUUUUAGUUUUGCUUUGUUUAAAUAUGGCAUAAGGUUGCGUAGUUCUGUGCUGUUUUGAUUGAACAAAGAUUCCGUUAUUCUGUUUAUUAUGUUAUUGAAGAAGUUGUCAAAUUAACUCCAAUCAAAUCGAUUUGUCUAAAACUUAUUGUUCAAACCUCUGUACUUGUACCGGUGAUAAAAGAAAAUGAAAAAAACUGAGGUGAUAGUAAAUAAAUGUAUCUGGGAAACCCGUAGAAAUAUAACAAGUGUUUUACUUACUAACUCUGUUCCAAACCUGCUUCUGUUUAUUUUCAUGCUAGAUGGACAACAAUAACAUUUAUUUGAAAGGACAUGAAACAAAUCA